AAACGUUCCACCUUCUCCACUACUGUCCCGUCUAUGUGGAUGGGGGAGGGGUGCUCCCUCUGCUGUUUCCUUAAGUCCACGACCAUCUCCUUUGUUUUGUUGACUUUGAAUGAGAGGAUAUUUUCCUGACACCACACUCUGAGUGCCCUCACCUCCUCCCUGUAGGCUGUCUCGUCAUUGUUGGUAACCAGGCCUACCACUGUAGUGUCAUCUGCAAACUUGAUGGUGUAGUUGGAAGCGUACAUGGCCACGCAGUCAUGGGUGAACAAGGAGUACAGGAUAGGGCUGAGAACGCACCUUUGCGGGGCCCCAGUGUUGAGGAUCAGCAAAGUGGAGAUGUUGUUUUCUACCUUCACCACCUGGGAGCGGCCCGUCAGAAAGUCCAGUUCCACAGGGCCCGGUGGAGACCCAAGGUCGUGAGUUUAAUGACGAGGGUUCUAUGGUGUUAAAUGCUGAGCUGAACAGCAUUCUUACAUAGGUAUUCCUCUUGUCCAAAUUAAUCAUGAUCUGAAAAUGUCAAUCAAGCUGCAAAGAAUAUUACAAUUAGAACAUAUUUGAUUGACUUUCUCAUAUAGGCCUAUGCAUUUUAAUGAUCCUCAUCAUUACUGUACUGAUAAUCUAGCGUAAAAAAACGAUAACAGUAGUUAUCUAUACAGGAGUCUCUCACUGAACGAGGAUCAGUUUCUAUCUUUUUUUUGCCCUCAAUGGUGAUGGUGGUUGGUGGAGGGAACGCACGUCUCAGAACAAUUACAGCGCUUCAACCAAUAGAAAAAAUAGAACAAUCUCCAUAUCAUGAACCAGGAAGAGGUUAUUUGAUACACGGAACUGGAAUGCCACGUGACAGUCGAGCCCUGUGUGUUUCAGAUAAUUAUGCGAGAUGUCGUUUAACUCUCUUUGUAUGAACAAUUUGUGGAGAUCUGCUAUACGACUAUCUUCUAACGCUGCUGUCACGUCAACGCGAUUAGUGGCUAUUCGCUGCAAAAGAUUUGGUGAUAAGCGCGGUGAACUCUGCCAGACGAGAGCCCAUAGUAACAAUAUACAGCACGUCUCAAGAAAGCUGGUGCGGAAUGGGAAGGAGAAGCAGUUAGUGGUCUUUAUAGAGGGGAAUAUUGCUAGUGGGAAGACAACAUGCCUAGAGUAUUUCAGCAAAACCAGUAACAUUGAGGUGCUGACUGAGCCAGUUUCCAAAUGGAGGAAUGUUCGAGGGUACAACCCCCUGGGGUUGAUGUACCAGGACCCUACUCGAUGGGGCAUCACUCUACAGACCUAUGUUCAGCUAACCAUGCUGGACCGACACCUUUCCACAAUGUCAGCCCCAGUGAGAAUGAUGGAAAGGUCCAUCUACAGUGCCAAGUACAUCUUUGUGGAAAAUCUUUUCAGAAGUGGGAAGAUGCCAGAGGUGGACUUUGCUGUUCUUAGUGAGUGGUUUGAGUGGAUCACACAGAACAUUGCCAUUCCUGUGGAUCUUAUUGUUUACCUCCAGUCGUCUCCACAGACCUGCCACGAGAGGCUGAAAGAGCGAUGCAGGGAGGAGGAGAAGAUCAUUCCUUUGGAAUAUUUAGAGGCAAUCCAUCAGCUGUAUGAAGACUGGCUGAUAAAGAAGACGUCCUUCAAUGUUCCUGCUCCAGUCCUUGUAAUUCCAGCAGACGAUGACUUGCAGAAGAUGCUCCACCAGUAUGAGGAGAACAGAGAGAAGAUUUUAGCAGGGAGCAAUGUGUGAGUGAAGUACACAGUAUUCAGACCCCUAGACUUUUUCCACAUUUUGUUAGGUUGCAGCCAAAUUCUAAAAUGUAUUUAAUUGUCAUCCCCCCCCCCCCCCCCCCCCGGUCAAUCGACUCACAAUACCCCAUAAUGACAAAGCAAAAACAGGUUUUUAGAAAUGUUUUCAAAUGUAUAAAAAAUUAAACUGAUAGGGAACCUUCGACCCAGUCUGAGGUCUUGAGUGCUCUGGAGCAGGUUUUCAUCAAGGAUCUCUCUGUACUUUGCUUUGUUAAUUUUCCCCUCAAACCUGACUAGUCUCCCUGUUCCUGCCGCUAAAAAACAUCCCAUAGCAUAAUGCUGCCACCGCCGUGCUUCACCGUAGGGAUGGUGCCCUGUUUCUUCCAGAAGUGAUGCUUUUGUAUUCAUGCCAAAGAGUUCAAUAUUGGUUUCAUCAGACCAGAGUCUUGUUUCUCAUGGUCUGAGAGUCUUUAGUUGCCUUUUGGCAAACUCCAGGCGUGCUGUCAUGUGCCUUUUUACUGAGGAGUGGCUUCCGUCUGGCCACUCUACCAUAAAGGCCUGAUUGGUGGAGUGCUGCAGAGAUGGUUGUCCUUCUGGAAUGUUCUCCCAUCUCCACAGAAGAACUCGAGAGCUCUGUCAGAGCGAGGAUUAGGUUCUUGGUCACCUCCCUGACCAAGACCCUUCUCCCCCGAUUGCUCAGUUUGGCUGGGCGGCCAGCUCUAGGAAGAGUAUUGGUGGUUCCAAACUUCUUCCAUUUACGAAUGAUGGAGGCCACUGUGUUCUUGGGGACCUUUCAAUGCUGCAUAAAUGUUUUGGUACCCCUCGACACAAUCCUGUCUCGGCGCUCUACGGACAAUUCCUUCGUCCUCAUGCCUUGGUUUUUGCUCUGACAUGCACCGUCAACUGUGGGACCUUUAUAUAGGCAGGAGUGUGCCUUUCCAAAUCUUGUCCAAUCAAUUGAAUUUACCACAGGUGGACUCCAAUCAAGUUGUAGAAACAUCUCAAGUAUGAUCAAUGGAAACAGGAUGCACCUGAGCUCAAUUUCGAGUCUCAUAGCAAAGGGUCUGAAUACUUAUGUAGAUAAGGUAUUUGUUAUUUUGUAUACAUUUGCAAACAUUUCUUAAUCUGUUUUUUUUUCUUUUUCGCUUUGUCAUUAUGGGGUAUUGUGUGAAGGUUGCUGAGGAUUUGUAUUUAUUUAAUUCAUUUUAGAAUAAGGCUGUAACGUAACAAAAGGUGGAAAAAGUCAAAGGGUAUGAAUACUUUCCGAAGGCACUGUAUAUAUGCUGCACCAACAAUGGCAGUAGAUAUGUUUCUUGUGUGUAAAGCAGGUCAUUAUAGUCCAAGAGAGAACACCAGAACCAGUUAGUGGAGUUUCUUGUCCACUGUUACACACUGUCUUAGAACAACUCUCUGACCGGUACAUUUUCAGACCGCAAGUAUUCCAUACUGUAUAUUUACUGCUACAAGUCGCUUUCCAACCUAUGUUACAUAUGUACUUGGUCAUUUUUGUUUGUUUCACUGACCAUGGUGGAUUCUCUCUAUACGGGAACAUGAUGCAUUGUUGGUUUCGUAAUGUUGAUCACGUGGUGACAGCCCUACAAUAAUACCUACAUUUUACAACUGCUGGGACAUAGCGGUACCACCUCUGUAAUACAAAGCAUAUAUUUUAAGGGGCUGCUGACUAACAUAGCUAUGUGUUUUGUUCUUAUUUUAUUUACUGCUAAUAUAUAGAGGAGCAUGUUGUCAGGCUGGAAUUGCACUUAGUUGUAAAGUUAUCCUAUCGGGUUCAAAUAUUGUACUUUUGUCGCUGAGUUCGUUUUAAUAAAUGCCUAAAAGUGAUUUUUGUACAAUAACAUGUUAAUUUAUGCAAUAUUGCUGAAUAAAGUUAGUGUAACUGUC